UGCCCCCGCGCAGCCGGCCCCCCUCGGCGCAGCCCGCCAUCCAGCCCCCUUUGUCUCCCCCGCACCACCGGCUCCGCUGCCCGCCCGCCCUGCCGGGAGCCGCUAGUAGGAGCAGCAGCGCCGCCGCCGCCACCGCCGGGGGAAAGAGCGCCCGCCGCUGCUGAGGAGGGAGCGCGAGACCCAGCCAGAGUGUUUUGAUGGGAACUGGAAGCAGUUGGAUAGCAACCGAUCAACACAUUUAUUGCAAUGUGCAAUGAAGCCAGAGCAUCCUAGAAAAAUGAAAGAACCAUAGCUUCCAAUAGAAACUAUGUUCCAACUUCCUGUCAACAACCUUGGCAGUUUAAGAAAAGCCCGGAAAACUGUGAAAAAAAUACUAAGUGACAUUGGUUUGGAAUACUGUAAAGAGCAUAUAGAAGAUUUUAAGCAGUUUGAACCCAAUGACUUCUAUCUGAAAAACACUACAUGGGAAGAUGUUGGAUUGUGGGAUCCUUCACUUACAAAAAAUCAGGACUAUCGGACAAAACCCUUUUGCUGCAGUGCAUGUCCAUUUUCCUCAAAGUUCUUUUCUGCCUACAAAAGUCACUUCCGGAAUGUUCAUAGUGAAGACUUUGAAAACAGGAUCCUUCUCAAUUGCCCCUACUGUACUUUCAAUGCAGACAAAAAGACUUUGGAAACGCAUAUUAAAAUAUUUCAUGCUCCAAAUGCCAAUACACCAAGUGGAGGCAUCAGCACUUUUAAAGAUAAAAACAAGCAUGAUAGCCUUAAACCUAAGCAGGCUGACAGUGUAGAACAAGCUGUUUAUUACUGUAAGAAGUGCACUUACCGAGAUCCUCUCUACGAAAUAGUUAGAAAGCACAUUUACAGGGAACAUUUUCAGCAUGUUGCUGCACCUUAUAUAGCAAAGGGAAGUGAGAAGUCACUCAAUGGGAUUGUACCCUUAAGUUCCCGAGAAGAGGGCAUGAUUCACUGCAAACGCUGCCUUUUUAUGCCGAAGUCGUAUGAAGCUUUAGUACAGCAUGUUAUUGAAGACCACGAGCGUAUAGGAUACCAAGUGACAGCAAUGAUAGGGCAUACAAAUGUGGUAGUUCCAAGAUCCAAACCUUUAAUGCUAAUUGCUCCAAAACCACAGGAUAAAAAGCCUAUGGGACUUCCUCAGAGGAUGGGUGCCCUGUCCCCUGGAAAUGUCCGGUCUCUUCCAUCACAGCAAAUGAUGAACCGACUGAAUAUACCAAAGCCUACGUUGAAUUCUGGAGGAGUAAAUAUGAUGUCCAACGUCCAUUUGCAACCGAACAACUAUGGUGUGAAAUCGGUACCGCCAAGUUACGUUGGUCACACGGGAGGAAGGCUAAGUUUAACAGGUAGUUCUCCAGUUUCCCUAUCCCAGCAGUCUCAAUCAAUGAAGCAGUAUUCCCCAAGUGGAAACGGCCGACCUUACCCUCUCGGAGGGGAACCAAGAUCGCAGGCUACAGCAAGGUACUCUCUUUCGUCUGCCAACUCAUCUUCACUUUCAUCGGGCUCACUGAAAUCAACAUCAUUAGGUCAGUCUCAGGCAGCAUCCAGAAUAUUAUCGCAGUCCACACCCAAGCCUCUUGCCGUUGGCCCUAUAUGUACCACUUCUGCCAAUACUUCAUCAACUCAGAAAUGGAAGAUUUGUACAAUCUGCAAUGAGCUCUUCCCUGAAAACGUGUACAGUGUUCAUUUUGAGAAAGAGCACAAGGCCGAAAAGGUGCCCGCAGUUGCUAACUACAUCAUGAAAAUACAUAAUUUUACUAGCAAAUGUUUAUACUGUAAUCGCUACUUGCCUACUGACACGCUGCUCAACCACAUGUUAAUCCAUGGUCUGUCCUGUCCCUACUGCCGCUCAACGUUCAAUGAUGUUGAGAAGAUGGCUGCUCACAUGCGAAUGGUUCAUGUCGAUGAAGAAAUGGGGCCCAAAACUGAUUCCACGUUAACGUUUGAUUUGACGUUGCAGCAGGGUAGCCACACCAAUAUACACUUGCUUGUAACUACCUACAACUUGAGAGAUGCUCCUGCCGAAUCGGUCGCUUACCAUGCUCAAAAUACUGCUCCAGUUCCUCCAAAACCACAGCCAAAAAUUCAGGAGAAGACAGAUGUCCCUGUAAAAAGUUCUCCUCAAGCAGCAGUCCCCUACAAAAAAGAUGUGGGGAAAACCCUUUGCCCUUUGUGCUUUUCAAUCCUGAAAGGACCCAUUUCUGAUGCACUGGCCCAUCACUUAAGGGAGAGACAUCAAGUUAUUCAAACAGUUCAUCCGGUAGAGAAAAAGCUUACGUAUAAAUGCAUUCAUUGCCUUGGAGUGUACACGAGUAACAUGACUGCCUCAACUAUAACCCUGCACCUUGUCCACUGCAGGGGUGUGGGGAAGACUCAGAACGGUCAAGACAAAGGUAAUGUUCCCUCCCGACUAAACCAGUCUCCAGGUGCAGGACCUGUGAAACGUACUUAUGAACACAUGGAAUUCUCUCUGCUGAAGAAAAGAAAAAUGGAUGACGACGAUUCCCCUUCCGUCUUUGAGGAGAAGCCUGAAGAACCCGUAGUGCUGGCUUUAGAUCCCAAGGGUCAUGAAGAUGAUUCGUACGAAGCUAGAAAAACAUUUCUCACCAAGUAUUUCAAUAAGCAACCGUAUCCCAGUCGGAGGGAGAUUGAAAAGUUAGCUGCCAGUCUCUGGCUUUGGAAAUCCGACAUUGCUUCACACUUCAGCAACAAAAGAAAGAAAUGCGUUAGAGAUUGUGAAAGGUAUAAACUGGGUGUCUUGCUAGGUUUCAACAUGAAAGAACUGAACAAGGUUAAACACGAAAUGGAUUUUGAUGCUGAGUGGUUGUUUGAGAACCACGACGACGAGAAUUCCAGAGUCAAUCCUAGCAAAACUGUUGAUAAAAAGAUAAACCUAGAGAAAGAUAAUGAAAGUUCCUCAGACAGUUUUGAGAAUAUAGAACAGGAGUUCAACGAAAGCAAUAGUCCAUUUGCAGAAUCUGUGUCUAACUCUGGUCGCAAAACAUCUAUUAAUAGUAUAAAUGAGACACCAGAUGAAAGCAUAUCUAAGGAGACAACUGAAGAAGCCACUUUGGAGUCUCCGGAAAAAAUAGACCAAAAGGAGGAUGGAGACCCAAAAUACAAGGAGAGUAGCUCUGCAGAAGAACCAACAAAGCUGGUAGCUGAAGGUUCAGACAGUGAAGGUGACCAAGAAGAUCAAGAUGAUCCCAUUGAAUGGAAAGUAGAAGCAUCGCCAUCUGAAAGCGUACCUGGUUCUCAGCAAGUGUCUGACUUUGAAGAUAAUACAUCUGAAGUGAAACCAGAAACGUGGACGGAUGAAUCAUCCCAAAGUGAAGAUGCUACUAAUAGUAAACCAGUUGCAGAAACUAAAGGUGCCGCCUCUGAGAGUGACGAAGAACAGUCAAAGUGGAAGAAUAGUUCCUAUGGAAAAGUGGGCGAGUUUUGGUCCAAGGACCAGUCACAGUGGAAAAAUGCAACAGAAAUCGAAGAGAGCUUGUCAAAUCAGCAGAUGGAGUGGCAGAACAGCACAAUUGACAGCGAGGAUGGAGAACAGUUUGACAGUGUGACUGAUGGGGUUACGGAAUCGAUGCACAGCACCCUAACUGGGGUAGAGCUGAGUAGUCAGCAAGCAUAAGCUGUUAAAACUCGAGACUCCAUAUCUUCCACUUGACAACCGUCUAAACAUUUUCAUUUCAGAACGACUGCUAAGUUCAUUGUAAACUGGUACUGCCUUUUGAAUGCAAGGUCACCUGGUUAGCGGCUGCAAGGCUGCCACACCGAUUCCAGUUCUUAUUUCAAAGUAUGCUGUUGGCAAAUCUCACUUGAGAGUAUCUGCUGUGACGAGCACAGUAACUUAAUGUGAAAAUGGAUAUGUUGGUGGCUCCCAGUUGCUCACUGAAGAAAAGCAAAGGUUUUAUUUUAUUGGCAUUUUCAACAUAUUUCACUCUGUAUAUGUUCAGCUGUAUGUCUUUUUAAACAUUACCCUUUUUCACAUGGUAGUUUUAGGGCCAACAUAUGAGCUACCAAUUCAAUGUGUAUAGUAGGACUCUGGGGAAAUUGUUUUUUUUUCAUGUAUCAUUCUGAAUAGUUGAAAUGUAUAUUUGUACAGUCUUUUAGACCUAUUCAAGUGAUGCUUAUGCUAUUGUUCUUGUGUACCCAUCAUAGAUUUGGUUCUUUUUUCCUUUUUUUUAGUGUUGCCCUGCUGUGUAAUAAAUGCUGUAUCUAGUUUACCUAGCAAAAAGCUUGAAACUGCUAUAGUAAGAAUUUUGACAGACUUAGUUUUUGCACAUAACCUUGUACAAUCUCAAAACAGAGGCCAGCAACAUAAAAGUAUAUCUGGACUCUAUUGUAUUAUAGAAUUUUCUUGUUCUUGAAUAUCCUUGACAUUACAACUGAUGACUAUGUAUUUCAGAGCCAUUUUCUGAAAUCUUUUAAGCUAAAAAAAAAAUCACAUGCAAGAAACAAGUUUGCAGCUACUAAUUUUGACACCUUUUAGAUCUGUAUAAAAGUGUACUGUGUUAAAGCAGCAUACGGAAAUGAGUGCUGCAUUUUUGGAUAUUUAGUUUUAUCUUUAGUUAACACCAACAUGGUGUUGUAUUCAUUUAUACCAUCUAAUAUAUGACACAUUGUUGUAGUAUGGAUAAUUUGUGAUCUUUAUUUCCCCUUUGUAUUCAUUUAAGCAUCUAAAUAAAUUGCUGUAUUGUGCUUAAUGUAAA